GGAGGGGGGCUAGGGUGUCCCGUCGGCACGAGCGCAGAUAGCAGGCAACAGCUGCAGCGCGAUCCUCGUUCAAUUUCACCGCGUUGCAUAGCCUAUAGCAUUUUUCACGAUUUCAUCUCAGAAUAUAGAAAAGAUACACCCUAAUAACCGGUCAAAAUGGUUGAUCGCGAGCAGCUGGUACAAAAAGCCAGGCUUGCAGAACAAGCUGAAAGAUACGAUGAUAUGGCAGCUGCCAUGAAAUCGGUGACAGAGCUGAACGAGGCCCUGUCGAACGAGGAGAGGAACCUGCUGUCGGUCGCUUAUAAGAACGUGGUUGGCGCCCGGCGCUCCUCCUGGCGCGUCAUCUCCAGCAUCGAGCAGAAAACCUCGGCCGACGGCAACGAGAAGAAGAUCGAGAUGGUGCGGGCGUACCGCGAGAAGAUCGAGAAGGAGCUGGAGGCUGUGUGCCAGGACGUGCUGAACCUGCUGGACAACUUCCUGAUCAAGAACUGCAGCGAGACCCAGCACGAGAGCAAAGUGUUCUACCUGAAGAUGAAGGGCGACUACUACCGCUACCUGGCCGAGGUGGCCACGGGCGAGAAGCGCGCCACCGUGGUCGAGUCCUCCGAGAAGGCCUACAACGAGGCGCACGAGAUCAGCAAGGAGCACAUGCAGCCCACCCACCCGAUCCGGCUCGGCCUGGCGCUCAACUACUCCGUGUUCUACUACGAGAUCCAGAACGCCCCGGAGCAGGCCUGCCACCUGGCCAAGACCGCCUUCGACGACGCCAUCGCCGAGCUGGACACCCUCAACGAAGACUCCUACAAAGACUCAACCCUCAUCAUGCAGCUGCUGCGAGACAACCUCACUCUGUGGACCAGUGAUCAACAAGACGAUGAGGGAGGGGAGGGCAACAACUAAAAAAAAGAGGGGAAGGCAUCACUCUCUUUUCUGGGGAAGAGAAGGAAAUUGAAAAAAAAAUGUUUUGUUGACAUCGACGACAUUAAAAAGAUAAAUAAUAUGGCUGGUGGAACUCUUGGUGGCAGCAGCUUUUGGCCAAUCGUUUCCACGGCGGCAGCAGUUCUUUAUUUUUCCACAAGUUAAAAGAAAAAAAAAUCGAGGCGAAGGGGGAGGGGGGUGGUGGUCAGUGGGUUGAAGUCUUAGUUUGAAUAUAUAUAGAAAUAUAUCUAUAUGAAUAUAUAGUUGAGUGGGUCUCCCUCUUCUUGAUUAUCUUUUGACGUUUGCCAAAACCACUGAAAAUGACAGUCAGUCAGGGGUGGUGGUUGUUGGAUUGGCGUGACAGCCUUAGACUGGCUUAUGGGCUGAUAUAGUUCAAACGGAAGCUGCUUAGUAAUCUUUUUGGGGUAGUAGACAUGCAUUUGAAAGAGGUCUGAUGUUUAAAAAAAUAUCACAAAAAAAUAAACACUUGAAUGCGACAGUUAAAAAAAAGAGAAAAAGUUGUCAGUGAUUUCAGUAAAACAUUAAGAUAUUUACAGAAUAUAUAAUAUAAUGUGAUGGAUUCAAAAUUCCCCAUCAGAUUGUACAUCAUUCUCUAAAUUUACUUUGGUCAAUUGGUACCCAUGUAAUAAUAGUGUUUAAAUUCCACUAAAGGGGAUGUUGCCACUUCAAAUUCAACUCUUUCUAAACAAACGAGUUGAUGAACUCGAAAAGAAUGACUGUGCCAUUUCCAGCCCUUUCAAGAGUUUCCUUGUGGAUCUCUUACAUAAUGUUGUUACUGGACCCACUGAUGACUUUUGAGGUCAAGGUACAAUUACUGUUGGAGACUUAACUGUUAACAAUAGAAAAUAGGAAAAAAAUAUAGCAGCUUCAAGAGUUUGUGGUUUACUUCUGUGUUUAAUUUAUUUUUGCACUUGCCUACUAAACUGUUUUGUCAGUGUAAGAUCAUUACAACAAUAUUAUCAAUGAUUCAAUAUUGUGCAUGCUGGUGAUGUAUUUAUAAAAUAGCUUGACUUUAUUAACUUAUACCUUGGGUGUUAUGUAUUCAUAUGGUUAAGAAGUAAAUGGGCUUCAAUUUGAUUAUUUAUGAUUUUUAACUUUCUAUUGAUUUAAUUUUGUUAUUAAUUUGCUAUACCAAAAUUGUGAUUGUUAAGAAUAAAUCAAACUGUUAUGAGCGUUGCUGUUGUGACAUGGAACAUGUUUUUUUUUUUCUUUUGUUGAUCUAAAAUUCUCGGAGGUUUAGGGGGGAAACAGACAAAUGCAUCAGUGAUUAUCUUAUAUACUGGUGUUUGUCAUGGUAAAAAAAAAAACAAUUAUGACGUUGUUUAAACAAUCUUUCGUUCUAAGAAAAGUAUUUGAGUGCUUUUCCUGUCAUGUUAUACAAUGAAACAUGUACGGUUUAAAUGAUCGUGAAGUGUGUCUGUAAGGGACUAACACCAUGGACCAUAAUUUAUUUCCUGGCAGUAUACACUUAUUUUUCUUUUCUUUGUACUUUUGUUCGUUUGUUUUUUUAACCUUAUAGCUGUCUCCUGAGUGACAAAUAUCUUGAAUGUGAGUCAUUAUGUAGCAGUUGCACACAAGCCUAAGUAAUGAUAACUAUGAUAAAUAAAAAAGAAUUUGACAAGGUUA